GCAGUGAUGGAAGCCACAGCAGUGAGCACGUCUGCUCCGGGGCCAGAGGAAUUUGACCGCAAUGUCCCACGCAUCUGCAGCGUCUGCGGGGACAAGGCUACAGGUUUUCACUUCAACGCCAUGACCUGCGAGGGCUGCAAGGGUUUCUUCAGGCGCAGUAUGAAGCGCAAGGCUAGCUUCACCUGCCCGUUCAGCAGUAGCUGCACCAUUACCAAGGACAACCGGCGGCACUGCCAGGCCUGUCGGCUGAAGCGCUGUUUGGACAUUGGCAUGAUGAAAGAGUUCAUCCUGACAGAUGAGGAGGUGCAGCGGAAGAAGGACCUGAUCCAGAAGCGCAAAGAGGAGGAGGCGGCACGGGAGGCACUUAGGCCGCAUCUGAGCGAGGAGCAGAGCCAUGUCAUUGCCAUAUUGGUGGAGGCGCACCACAAGACCUACGACGAGUCCUACUCCGACUUCACUCGCUUUCGGCCACCAGUGCGUGAGGGUCCUGUCACGCGCAGCGCGAGUCGGGCUGCGUCCCUGCACUCGCUCUCUGAUGCCUCCUCCAGCUCCCUCGGACACUCCCCCGAGUCUACAGACAUGAAGGUGAUGAACUUCAACAACCUGCUGAUGAUGUACCAGGAUGACAGUGGCAGCCCUGAGGCCAGCGAGGAGGAGAGCCCUCACCUGUCCAUGCUACCACACCUGGCCGACCUGGUCAGCUACAGCAUCCAGAAGGUCAUCGGCUUUGCUAAGAUGAUCCCAGGGUUCAGAGAACUGACGGCCGAGGACCAAAUUGCCCUGCUCAAGUCCAGCGCCAUUGAGGUCAUCAUGCUGCGCUCAAACCAGUCUUUCAACUUGGAGGACAUGUCCUGGAGCUGUGGCGGGCCUGACUUCAAGUACUGCAUCAACGAUGUCACUAAAGCGGGACACACCUUGGACCUGCUAGAGCCUCUGGUGAAGUUCCAGGUGGGGUUGAAGAAGCUCAAUCUCCAUGAAGAGGAGCAUGUGCUACUCAUGGCCAUCUGCCUGCUGUCUCCAGACCGACCCGGGGUACAGGACCACACCCGCAUUGAGCUGCUGCAGGACCGGCUGUCGGAGGCGCUGCAGGCUUACAUCCGUGUGCACCACCCAGGCGGCCGCCUCCUCUACGCCAAGAUGAUUCAGAAGCUGGCAGACCUGCGGAGCCUGAAUGAGGAGCACUCCAAGCAGUACCGCUCGCUGUCCUUUCAACCUGAGCACAGCAUGCAGCUCACGCCGCUUGUCCUCGAGGUCUUCGGCAGCCAGGUGUCCUAG